AUGCUUGACUGUUUAUCCAACAUGGAUUGCAGAGUAUGUUACGCCAUUGCUAUCCUGUUUAUUUCUGUAUCCACGUUAACGCUAUUGGCAAUUUCAUUUGAUCGCUACCUUUACAUAUCAUCACCUCUCAGAUACCCAUUGAUCAUGACAUGGCGGAGAACCUACGGUGUUCUUUUUAGUAUUUGGAUAUGCGCUUCUCUUUUUCCUCCCAUAAUGGCCGUAUACGCCGAACCGGCCAAAGUACGGACAUUAUGUUCUUUGCCAAUGUCGCUUGGCUUGAUUGCUGCCAUAAUUUACGUCGUCAUACCUUUGUGUUUAAUCUUCUACAACAAUUACAAAAUCGUUCGACUGGCAAGGGGCCACGCUCGACGAAUGCACACAAAUCGUGUAGCUUGUAACCAUGAUUCUUCAAGCGCGUCGUCAUCAAAGUUGGCUUCAGAAAUGCGUUCGAGCCUUAGGACAGCAAGAGAGAUGAAAGCGAUUAAAACACUUGCAAUUGUAGUUGGCUGUUUUUUAUUUUGCUUCGUUCCGUUUAUGUCUGCCAUAUUGAUAGGCAGACUGGUUUGCGAUUGCGUCCCUACAUUUGUCACCGUUUUCCUUGGUGAUCUCGCGGUAGCAAAUUCUAUUAUGAAUCCAAUUAUUUACAGCAUGAGGCAAAAGGAAUACAGGAAUUGUUACCGCCAACUGUUAUCUGUCAUUCGCAGUCAACUAUGUGGGUUUUUUAGGGACGUUUAUCAUAGAGAUUUAAUUUUAAGAAAAGGCUUUUAA